UCCUCUCCAUUUGUGUUUCCUAUCUGCACCUGCUUAUCACAGCACUCUUCCUCUCUCUACUGGACCUGCUGGAUUUGCUCUGCACUGCUGACCUGUGAGGACUUUUAUGCAGCAAGUGAGGGAGAAGAGGAAAAAAAGAGUUGGCCCAUGCGAGCGGUGUGAGGACUGAGUGCAGCUGUUUUAUCCAGAGAGGAGCCCAACAUGUAAGAAGAUGUCUGUUGGAGGCUGUGCUUGUCCUGGCUGUUCGUCAAAAUCAUUCAAACUGUACUCUCCUAAGGAACCCCCGAACGGUGGCAGCUUUCCCCCCUUCCACCCAGGCGCUAUGCUGGAUAGAGAUGUGGGGCCUACACCCAUGUACCCGCCAUCAUACAUGGAGCCUGGCAUGGGGAGACCCACACCGUAUGGGAACCAGACAGAUUACCGGAUAUAUGAGCUAAACAAAAGAUUACAGAAUUGGACAGAGGACUGUGACAACCUCUGGUGGGAUGCCUUCACCACAGAGUUUUUUGAGGAUGAUGCCAUGCUUACAGUUACCUUCUGUUUGGAAGAUGGUCCUAAACGAUACACUAUUGGCAGGACGCUGAUUCCUCGAUACUUCAGGAGUAUUUUUGAGGGAGGUGCAACAGAGCUGUUUUACGUUUUGAAGCAUCCAAAGGAGUCUUUUCACAGUAAUUUUGUGUCCCUCGACUGUGACCAGUGCACCAUGGUGACCCAGAAUGGCAAACCCAUGUUUACACAGGUGUGUGUUGAGGGCCGCCUGUAUCUAGAAUUCAUGUUUGAUGACAUGAUGAGGAUCAAGACAUGGCACUUCAGCAUAAGGCAACACAGAGAGGUUUUACCAAGAAGCAUUUUGGCUAUGCAUGAUCCUCAGAUGCUCGAUCAGUUGGCUAAAAACAUCACCAGGUGUGGGCUGUCCAACUCGACGCUCAACUACCUCCGUUUAUGUGUGAUAUUGGAGCCAAUGCAGGAGUUGAUGUCCAGACACAAGACUUACAGUUUGAGUCCAAGAGACUGUCUGAAAACCUGCCUUUUCCAAAAGUGGCAAAGGAUGGUAGCGCCUCCAGCUGAGCCAGCAAGACAAGCUCCAAACAAGCGACGGAAAAGGAAAGUUUCUGGUGGAAGCAACGUGAGCUCCGGUGGAGGAGGCAAUAACAACAACAGCAGCAAAAAGAAGAGUCCGGCCAACAGCUUCUCCCUCUCCAGCCAGGUACCUGACCUGGUUGGAACAAAAACCUGUACUGUGCCGGAGCUUGAGGACCGGAGUUGAGAACCACUACGCAAAAUCUGUUAACGCACACUCACAAUCCACACACACCCACCCACACACCCACCCACACACACACACAGACCAUCAUACACUGUCGCCUACAUCUGUGGCCCCAAACAGUGAGGUACUGGAGAGGUGGUACGAGGCCUGUCUGGACCAGCGCACCAGACACCACAAAGUUUGUUUUAUUUUCUAUGUUUUAGAGUUGUUUUUUUUUUUUUUUUAUGUAAAGUAUUUGGGAGAAAAAAAGGCAAGCAAACAAUAGCACCCCAGGAUUUCUUUGCACUGUUUUCCACUAUUAAUGGCAGUCUAUUUUUAUUAUGAAAUUGACAUGUAUUAUUGUUUUUGUUUUUUAUUACUGCUUAUCUAAGAAAUGUAAAACAUUUGCAACCUUCAGUAUAUUAAUGUACAGGUAUUUUUGUUGGAUCAUUCUAAUGUGAUGGUAAUAACUGUAAACUUUUGUCAUCCAUCGUCUGCAGAGGUGAGGAUUUGACUCAGACACAACGUCGAGAAAAUUACAAAAGAUUAAAAUCUAAACUUGGACUUAAACAUCAAUGAAUUAUGGCUUCAAAUGCAUUUGAGCCUUUUAAUCUUUAAGAUGCUUUCUAUUUUUUCCUAAUUUUUAUACAUUGUUUUGUUUUGUUUUUGGGUUUUAUUCUGUUCUUUAGCCAUUACCUGAAUAGGAUAAACAAGUUUUUUUUUUAUUAACUAUUCGAUCAGCUUACUUCUUAAAACAUAAAGGAAAUCCAGAUUUUCAAUCUGACCUGGAACUUUGCCUUGGCCUUAGACUUGUUUGGGACUUGGGCUCCACCUCGGCUUUCUGGCCUCAGUAAAUAAACAUAAUAUUGUUUUAUUUCUACUGUGCUCUAAUCUGCUGAGAGUCCAAAGCAGAACUCUGGGUACUCGCUCCCCCAUUAGAUCUCCAUCUGUUGUGCUUCUUGCAAAACUGUCUAUUUUAUCCUUAAGUAUCUCAUUCUUUGUUGGUUUCUUCAAAGAAAAAAUAUAUAGUAACAGAAAACUUCUUGAAUUUGCUACUCAGAAUAUUUUAAAAAUAAUCAAGUUUUAACUGGAUUGUAAAAUAGGAAAACUUUUGUAUUAACUUAAGCUUCCCAGCAAUGUUUUUAAAUUUCGAUAAAGAAAGCUGCAGACCAAGGAGCUCCAUGUAAAGACUACACAAUGCGCUGUUUUUAUUUUUUAAUCUUCUGUUAGCCUUUCCUCCCCAUGUUUGUGUCUGUGCUUGUAUAUUUUUAGGUAGUACUUUCUGUAAAAGUUAUUCUAUGUAUUCCUUUGAACAAUGAAAACUCAAUCUAAUGUAAAGAGAUAAAAAAAGCCCUGUAAGUUGUUUUAAAAAAACAUUUUUAAUGGUACAAUCACUGAUGAAAUAACUUUACCUUCAUUUUAGCAAACUAUUUAUUUUUCUAUGUACUGAUUUUCUGUUUAGUUUUAACUCGCCUGUACAAUAAUCAUGAUUAUAUCUGGAGGAAUUUGUGGUGCAGCUGCUGAGUCAGAAAGCUAGUUCUGUGUUUGACAUAAAUGUUGGAUCUUUGUAAAUAAGUACAGAAAUCUUUUUUUUCCUGCCACUGUUUUGGCAUUCAGUAAAAUGUUAAUAAAUUUAUUGAAACCUUUAUACAUUUGUUAUUUUUAAGCACACAGCUUCCCAUAAUGGAUAAUCUGCGUGGGAUAAAAUCCACCCAUGGCGUUAUUAUAUUGAAGCAUUUAAAACUCAUCAGAGUGCAGGUACACAGCAUGGCCUCAGCAGCGAUAGAUGGGGUGUAAUUCAAUGGUUUCUCCACCAGGAGUCCCUCAAAGCAGCAGACUGAGCAGCUGGGCAAAUUCCUCCAUCACCGUGUACAAAUCCACAAAAAGCUGUCGUGUUUAAAAUCCUUUUUCAUCGUCUCCCAGUGCCUCCUUGGCUUCUUUUAUUUGUGCUGUAUCAGUUCUGCGGCAGACAUGGAAUUAAAUCCAGGGUCAACUUUACCAGCACUCUGUGCUCUUUAUUGGUUGACACAAUAAGGGAAAUAUGUGUGAGGCAGAGAUAAGGCAAUGCACCUGUAGCUGGCUCUUGUAGCACCUCAUCAAAGGGGUGGUUUUAUAUAUUUCUUUGCCAGGUUUCUGUCAGUAAUUGUAUGUUAUCAAUAAAAAUGGAUUUUCACUGAAUAACAGUUGUGAU